UGGGCUUUGGGUAAAUUUCGUCAGUAUGAGUACAUGACAAUAUCACUAUAUCAGUGAUGAAAACCCUAACUGCUAUCACUUUCUCUCUCUUCUCCCACACUUAGAAAACCCUAGAGUCUCUCACUUUCACUCUCGUUUCUCGCCGCUGCUUUGUAUCAAACCUAUAAAAAAUGGGUCGAGUUCGCACAAAAACCGUGAAGAAGUCCUCACGCCAAGUGAUUGAGAAGUACUACUCAAAGAUGACAUUGGAUUUCCACACCAACAAGAAGGUUCUAGAAGAGGUGGCCAUCAUCCCAUCAAAGAGGCUGCGCAACAAGAUCGCAGGAUUCUCCACCCAUCUGAUGAAACGAAUCCAGAAGGGCCCAGUUCGUGGGAUCUCGCUCAAGUUGCAGGAAGAAGAGAGAGAAAGACGCAUGGACUUCGUACCUGAUGAAUCCGCCAUUAAAAUCGACCACAUCGAGGUUGAUAAGGAGACCAUUGAUAUGCUUGCUUCUCUUGGCAUGGCUGAUUUGCCCGGUGUUGUUCAGAUGGUUGCUGAGCCAGCUCCUGUUGUUGCUGCCGCUGGUGGUUUUGGACGUGGUGGUGGUGCUGGUGGUGCCAGGAGGUACUGAUUAUUUCAGAUUUAGGUUUUUUAAUUUUAAAAUUUGCGAACAAUAUGUAAGUUUGAUAAUUUUGGAAUUGUUGACAAAAAUUUUGAGGAUUUUCUUAGAACUCGGUGCAAAUGAUAGGAAACAUGUCGACUUUUGUUCUUUCUUCAA